GGCGCCGUGGGCCGCUGCGUGGGGUCGCCAUGGCGGAGCUGCAGCAGCUCCGCGUGCAGGAGGCAGUAGACUCCAUGGUGAAGAGUCUGGAGAGAGAUAACAUCCGAAAGAUGCAGGGCAUCAUGUUCCGGUGCAGCGCCAGCUGUUGUGAGGACAGCCAGGCAUCCAUGCAGCAAGUGCAUCAGUGCAUUGAGCGCUGCCAUGCACCACUGGCUCAAGCCCAGGCCCUGGUGACCAGCGAGCUGGAGAAAUUCCAGGACCGCCUGGCCCGAUGUACCAUGCAUUGCAAUGACAAAGCCAAAGAUUCAAUAGAUGCAGGGAAUAAGGAACAUCAGGUGAAGCAGCAGCUAGAGAGCUGUGUGACCAAGUGUGUGGAUGAUCACAUGCAUCUCAUCCCAUCCAUGACCAAGAAGAUGAAGGAGUCUCUCUCAUCCAUUGCAAAAUAAAAGCUUUUACCAGUGGCCAUUGGGGAUGAGGGUGGGAAU